CAUCACUGGUUUUUAUUCUGUGUGAAAUCGUUUUUUCUCUUGUCGGCAAUCAGUGGAAGCGUAGUUUAGAGUUUUUGAUAAAUAUUAAUAUUUGACUGAUAUUUAACGAUAUUCAAGAUGAAGAAAGUAAUAUUUGUUUGUUUAUUAUCACUCUCUGUGUGCCUCAGCGUACCAACUCAAGCACCAGAGACACCAGCUACACCAGAUGCUAAAGCCGCUAAGGAAACAGAGCCGAAACUUGAGACACCUAAACCUGCAGUUCUCGAAGCGAACAAUGUAACGGCUAAUAAAACUGCAGCAGCAAAUACCACGGCAACUGCUCAAUCGACUGCCCCAGUAAAUGCCACAGAGAAUGCCACUGCCACAAAAGAAACUCAAACCACACCUAAAGCUGUGAACGAAACGUCUACUAAGACCAACGACACUAAGCCUACAGAAAAGGCAAAUACAGAACUUAAACCCACAGAGGUUACUGAGAAACCCGCUGAAAAGAAAGAAGAAUCGCCUAAAGGAACUCCCACUGGCUCAGUAGUUCCUGUAAAUAAACCAACCAACGCUGAGACGGCAGAAACUGCAGCUAAGAACGCAACUGUGACGCCUAAGGCUGAUAAUGUCAGCCCCACUGUUGCGCCUGUCGAAGCGAAAACCAGAGCAUUCGAUGGGCCGAGCUUCAUCGGUGGCAUCAUACUGACUCUUGGUCUCCUUGCCAUCGGCUUCAUGGGAUUCAAGUACUAUAAGAACCAAACCGAAAGGAACUACCACACUCUCUAAAUAUUGUUAAGUUUCACCCUAUUUUAAGUGCACCUAUCUUUAAGAUUUAUUUUAUAAAAAGGGGAAUUUAUUUUGUUCUACAACUUCAAACCUUCGAGUGCACUUUAGUAAAUACAGGUAUAUUAUACAUAAUUACGUGUAAAUUUUGUUCAUCUCAAUAUUUUGAUAACGUAAUUUAGCUUUUCCGAAUUAUAUGUUAGGAGGUUCGCGUCACUAGCAUUCGUGUAGCAUUUCCGUCCGAAACGAAUACUAGUGAUGUGUCCCUUAGGUGAUUGGUCGAUUAGGUCAUAAUUUUACAACUCAAAUUAAAUUUGUUCUCUUUUUAAUAGCGUAAGACUUUGUAACUUCUAGUAGAUUGUUUGGCAUUUAUUUUUCUAUGUUGCAUGCUUUAUUUUAAGCAAGUAAGCAAAGUAUUUAUCUACGUAUAAUUUUAUAUCCACCAGGUUUUUAUACCAGACUUAUUACAUUCGUAAUAUUAUAUGAAAAUAUAUGUGAUUUGGAAUCUAUAGAUGUUUAUAUACUGAAUUUGUAAGAUGAUUCAAAUAUUAUUAAAACUAUUAUGGGCCACUGAUGAUUAUCAUCAUACUGUUUCAACUUUGAGUGCAAUUUAGUUGUAGUGUUAAUGUUCUUCUCUUGUGAA